AUUAAUUAAAGUAAAAGAGCCAUAAAAAAAAUAUUUUUAAGUGAAUUAAAUUUUAAUCAAAGGACGACUUGACAAUAAGGAAAAUUAAAUUUUUAAAAAUAAUGGAAUCUCGUAUUGUUAAAUUAAUAUGGGCAGGACGUAUGAGAUAUAAAGCUGGUCUUUAUUUACAGAAGACUCUUGUGGACAAUCAUCAAAACAAUAAUCAAGAAAAUACUCUGGUAUUGAUAGAACACGAUCCUGUGUACACAAUAGGUAUCCGUGACAAAAAUUACACACCUGAGGAUAUAAAAAAACUCGAGGCAACCGGCGCCGAAUUUUUCAAAACAAAUCGCGGAGGUCUGAUAACAUUCCACGGACCAGGACAGCUGGUAGCGUAUCCAAUUUUGAAUCUCAAGCAAUUCAAACCCUCUGUCAAGUGGUACGUGGAUCAAAUAGAGAAGACUGUUAUCAGAUUAUGCGCGGAGAUGGGAAUAAAGGCUGAGACUUCGCCGCACACUGGGGUGUGGGUCGAUGAUAAAAAAAUUUGCGCAAUUGGUAUCCACGGCAGCCGUUUUAUUACUUCCCAUGGGCUGGCGCUUAAUUGCAACACCGACCUGUCGUGGUUCGAACACAUCGUGCCUUGUGGUAUUGAGGGUAAAGGCGUGACGAGUCUUUCUGAUCAAUUGAGAACGGAAGUAACAAUUGACGACAUUGUUCCUAUUUUUAAGAACUCGUUUCAGGAUCAGUUUAAAUGCGCGCUCGUUGAUUAUCAUCCUGGCAAGGCCUCGGAGUUACUGAGAGCCGCUGUUUCUUAUUCUAAAUAACGUAAUAAUAAUUAUUAUUAGCAAAUUAAUUAAUUAAUUGUUAAGAUUUGUGUUUAAAUAAUUUUUAAGAAGUAGAUAUUUUAAAAUAAAGUUUGAUAAUAUUUGAAUAAUUUAUUAACUAUAGCAUUUAAAAAUAAAAUAUACUAUUGUACAAGCUAA